UGCAGUAAAUCGUACUGAACUGACACACUCGGUGUAACUAAUCUGAUUAGAUCAAUCGUUGUGCUGUGUUAUGUUGCUGCUGGAUUUUGGGUUUGUAAAUAACUUUAUUAUAAUUUAUUUUCCUUUCCUCGCACAAACCACCGAUGGUGCCAGAAUCUAUGCUUAUUAUUCUAAUAUAUGAUUUUGUUUUGUUUUUUUUCUUAAUUUAUGAUAUUUUUAUUUUUUUAAUUUGCAAUCCAUCAUUGUACGUACGGAAUUGUUGUUAAAACACACGCUCUUUGCAUAUGCACAUUAUACCAUGUACAAUACACGCCUCCCCAAAAAAAUAAAAUAUUUAUCAUCAAUCCUACAACUGCUGGAAAACCUAUUACGACCACUUUCGAUCCUGAUAUGCUGGAUUAAUUUACAAACUGGACGUAUUUAUGUUUCGUCAUAACGUACGACACACGCAGGUGCGACAACAAAGUCUCUUCCACAUAAAGGAAAUGCCGAUAACGCACGUACAACCGGAAUUAAAACCAAUUCCUGGCAUGGCAUGUCCACACUGCUCGCCGACAGAAAGCGUAAGUUUGCUAGCGUAUCUAUCAUAAGUUCACAUUUUGGAAUCACAUACAAACCAUAUCAUAAGCACUGAUCGUCCGGUUCCUUGUGACAAAUGAAUCUUUAAUAAUUGUUUAAUAAUUUUGCACAUCACUUGUACUAUGUGUGACUUAUUAAUAUUACUAACCUUAAAAUAUUUCAUUAAACGGUAUACGGCAUUUUACUUUAUUAUUACUUAUCUUUAAUCUGUUGUUCACUCUUUUAAUCACUCUUUUAAUUGACAUGACAAGGUUUAAGAAUCGUACUAUGUUUCAGUUAUAUUCGUAUUCAUCGUUUAAUUUAUGAUUUUUUUUAAUAACUCUGAAUUUAUUUAAACUUUAUAUUGAAAACAUAACAUGAACGAAUAUCGUUAGCAAGUAGAGGUUCAGUCACGUUCGCAUUUUACUACUUCUUUUGCUGCUCCCGAUACGUAUACUAAAUGAUCGAGCAAAUGCUUGCCGCCGUCUGGUAUAUUUCUUGCAUACUUAUCAUUCACGCGACUGUUCUCGCUCGCAUGCAAUUAUAUACGCGCAUUACAUGAUAUCGUGUCUCUCGCACCAUCUCACUAUUUGACUAUCGCUUCUAUGGCGUUGAUGAUGAUGAUGAUGAUGCUAGCCGUCAUCCAAGAAACUGAGAGAUUUGAAGCUUAUUUGCCCCUCAGGAACGUUUACGUUUGCCAGUUCACGCAUUGCUCGCAAUUGUCACGGGUUAAAAUUCUAUUUUUACCCUCCCAAAAACAUGGGAGUGCAAUCGUAGGUUGUCAAACUUAUUCAGUUGUCGGUCGCGUAGACUGUCAUGACUAGGAAAAUUGAUUGACUAUACAUUUUGAGUGAAAUUUUUUAUCAUAUAUUAGUAACUUUCUGGUAAACUAGUGUACAACUUAGUUAGAAAAUGCACAAUGUUGGCAACGGGUGGCUGGACUGCAAGGUGGUCGUUAUCUAACCGCUCUGGAACCGCCGGCGCAAGUGUUGGUAACGAAUGCCUACAUCGCAUCUAUCAGCUCGAUCACGUUUGGCGUCCUCAACUUGGUGCAGAUGAUCGGCGGCGUCAUGCGAUAGACAUUCUGCGCGUAACAACGCACGCUGGUGAGCAGUAUGCUCGUGCCAACAAUCCAGGAUCGUUCGACUGGGGCGUCUGGUGUCCGCAUUUGGCACAGGCAACACGUGUUCGUCGCUUUCCCUACCCACAAGUGGCUGGAGCCGUUUUGCCCGAUGAACGCGUACAGGAGGCGCUGGAUAUGGCCGUCAAAGAAUCGAUCAAUGAAAAGCGAGCAGAACUUGGACUGGCGGAAAAUGAUGAAAGUUUCGACGAAGAUAGCUAUUACAGUAAGAUGCUUCAAAAUCAUGAACGAAGAGCGGGAAAGAUCCUGAUUGGUAUGCGAUCGAAGAUCUCCAACUUGGUGUUGCGCAUUACCUCGUGGGUGUUGUAUAAGUUACUGCCUUGCUUUAUGUCCGGUGUGGCUGCACAUCCAGCGCAGGUGGAGAUGAUAAAACGCGCCAUCGAGAAGCACCCGGACGUGCCGCUUAUCUUCCUGCCACUUCAUCGCAGUCAUCUGGAUUAUAUUAUGGUUAGCUUCAUUCUGCUGAACAAUGACAUCAAAUGUCCGUUGGUAGCCGGUGGGGACAAUCUUCGCAUUCCCGUGUUCGGUAGCAUUCUUCGAUAUGAUGGAGCAUUCUUCAUUAAGCGCAAGAUCGACCCAUUAACUGGCAAAAAGGAUCACGUGUACCGUGCUAUAUUGCACACGUAUUUGCAGAAGUGUUUGACGGCUGGUCAUAAUGUAGAAUUUUUCAUCGAAGGCGGUCGCACCCGCACGGGUAAACCUUGUAUGCCAAAGAGUGGCAUUCUUUCAGUGAUUGUUGAUGCAUUCAAUGAUAAAAGUAUCUCGGAUGCACUGCUUGUUCCAGUGUCGAUCAAUUACGAAAAGCUAGUCGAUGGAAAUUUUGUGCGCGAGCAGCUGGGCCAGAAGAAAAUACCGGAAAGCUUUGCUUCGGCCGCGUCUGCUAUUAUGAAGGUACUGAAAGCCCGUUACGGACUAAUGAGGAUCGAUUUCAAUGAGCCGUUCUCGCUAAGCGAGCUGGUCAAAUCGUUGCGUAAAACCGACACCGCGCACAAUUAUACACCGGAGAUGCGACGACUGCAACACAAACCAUCGUCCUCUUCUUUGUUCGGUACGGAUGUAGUGCAGGAAGAGCAGGAUCAACGUCAGCUGAUCGACAACAUUGCGCGUCACGUGGUAUAUGACAGUGCACGUGCCACAUCCGUCAUGACAACAAAUGCUUUAGCAUUCCUGCUUUUGAACCGUUUCCGAGAUGGAGCACCGCUUUCCAUUUUGAUAGAGGCGCUCGAUGAAUUACGUGCCGUUUUGAAUGGGGUGCGCGAUCUCGGUUUUACCGGUGCCUCAGAAGACGUAAUACGCUACGCGACAGAUUUACUCGGCCCCGGCCUGGUGACCAAGGAAAUGCGCAAUGGACAAUUGUUUAUCAAACCGGUUGUUAUGAUUCCCAACGUGAUUGAGCUGUCGUACUAUUCGAACUGCCUUCUACCUCACUUUGCGCUAGAAUCGAUUGUGGUUACGUGCGCAAAUUUACUGAAGCGUGAAAUUGAGCGUAAAACGAACACCGAUCGGCACGAUCAUGUGGAAGAGGUGACGGUCAGCAGAAGAGCAUUGCUCGAAAUGUGUAUGGAGUUUGCGGAACUGCUGAUAUACGAGUUCAUUCUAUGCAAACCGUGCCAGAAGCUGGAAACAGUGAUAGAGAACACGCUGCAGGACCUGUGUCUUCGGGAGAUCCUAUUACAACCGGAGCAGGAGUUAACCGAGGAACAGACGAUGGCACGGAAACUGGCGCAGAAUCUGGAAUGUGAUGGAUUGGACGUAAAUGACGAAGAGCUGGAUGAUUAUUUCGAUGACCAAUAUAAAUCCAUAUCUGGUGGUAGAUACGGAAUGGACGAUGAUGAAACCCGGAUACACUUCCCCGCAGAAAAGCACUGUGAUCGGCUUGUACUGCAAUCGGUGCUGGCUCCAUUUAGUAAUACAUAUUCGGCAGUGGCAUCAUCACUGCACCAUUUGCUUGAUGGUAAUUCUAUAGUCGAAUCCGAAUUUAUUCGCAUGUGCAUCAAAGAAAUGAGUACGCGCGUUGAGCUUGGAGACUGCAAAUACGGUGAAAGCAUAUCCACCGACACAGUACGCAACUGCCUCAAGGUGUUCCAGAAGCGAUCGUAUAUCGAGAUUACAAACAACAAUGGUGUAAGAUUGGUUUCGCUACAAGCACCAUUCGAUGUAAUGGCGGAACUGCAAAGCAUAGUACAACAGGUGCACAUUUUCGUACCGGUUUAGAAAGCGAUGGGAAAAUGACCGUUUGCAUUACAAUUAUCCUUACGCGAUACCAAACCCACAAUCGUUUCGUUAAACAAGCGAUUGCCAGCAAUACAUGUAAUGCGUGUCUAAAGACUAAGGCAAACAAAGCUAGGAGGAAAAACGAGAAGCAAGGUUUGUGAUUUGAUUUUGAAACCUCAAAAGACUGUUUGUACUCCUCCGAAAUUUAUGCUGAAAGCACAAACGAAAAUUUACAGUCCAAAAUGUCACUGGCGGGCAUACGAUGCGACGUUGCCUAUAUGAUAUACAAUAGUUUGUGGAAAAGAAUAUUGUUGUUGUUUUUUUUUUAGCUUAGGAACACAUACUUCAUAAUUGCUCAAUCAACCGCGGUCGGACAUCAUAAUUUCCAUUGAAGACGAUUUGUUUCUAAUUCGUUUUAGAUUUGUAUUAAAUAUGAACAACAAGCAAUUCAUAUCAGGUACGAUCAUGAGAAACUAUGUUCACAUGGUACAAAUCGUUUAGAACUCGAGAUGGUAUUUCUUUACCAGAAAGGAAAAUCACAUGCGGGUAUUGUGAGAGGAAGUUUAUUCAAUUUGUAUGUGCCGGACAAGUAACUAGAAUUGAUUCGAAAUUAACUGUAUGAAAUACACAAAAUGAUUCUUAUAUUAAGCA